GUCACCGGCAGGGCCAUCGUCUGGACCUCCACCGCCACCUCCACCGCCACCGCCUCCACCACCUCCAGGUGGUGCUCCGCCUCCCCCGCCGCCACCUCCUCCGCCACUAGGAGCAGGUCCCCCGCCCCCUCCACCACCUCCGGGUCCCUCCACGCCCUUCCGCAUACGCCCUGCAGUCCCUCAGAAGAAACUACGACCCUUCUUCUGGAACAAGCUCUCCGCGCCAACUCUCACAUCGACAGUAUGGGCCGACGCUCCUGCGGGCGUCACGUUCACAUUUGACGACCUCGAAGCGACGUUUGCGCUGGAUGCUGCACCAUCUACGCCUACUCCCAGCGUCUCGCGUUCACCUUCAGUACGCAAACAGAGCGUCACGACGUUAUUGGAUAUCACGAGGGCGAAUAAUGUUGCAAUCAUGCUCAGCCGGAUCAAAUUGCCACCCGCCGAGAUUAAGCGCGCGUUACUCUCACUCGACGAUACGCUCCUUUCCGUAGACGAUCUCAAAGCUCUCUCCCGCCAGAUCCCCACGACUGAAGAGAUCGCUCGGCUACGCGACUUCGGUGAUACAUCCACCCUCGCGAAAGCCGACCAACUCUUUGUUGAGCUCUCCACUAUCCCUCGACUUGCCAACCGUCUGGAGUGCAUGAUCUUCCGGAGACGAUUGGAGUUGGAUGUGGAGGAGCUAAGGCCGGAGUUGGACAUUGUGAGAUGCGCUGGGAAGGAGAUGAAGGGUGGAGAGAGGUUUAGGGGCGUGCUUGCUGCUGUGCUUGCAGUGGGGAACGCGUUGAAUGGGUCGACCUUUAGAGGUAGGGCUAAAGGGUUUAAGUUGGACGCUUUGCUCAAGCUUCGUGAAACGAAGACGGUCGCGGGCGGACCGAGCUGUCCAACACUUUUGCACUACGUCGCGCGUACACUCCUUCGCGCGGAUCCCACGCUCGUGACAUUCAUCGAGGAUAUGCCUCACCUAGAAGCUGCGGCGCGCGUAUCAGUGCAGACGCUCACACAGUCUAUCUCGCAACUCGUUGCCGGACUCGAUAAGCUCAAGGACGAGGUGAAACGCGUUCGUGCGGACCGCGCCGCACCAGCCGGUGAUCGUUUCGCCGUUGUCAUGGGCCCUUUUGCGCAAAGCGCAGGAACGACAGUUGAUGCGCUCCGCAAUAUGUCCGGCGCACUCGACCGCGAGCUCUCUUCAUUGCUCUCCUACUUCGGUGAACAGCCCGAUGCGCAAGACGCACCGAAACCGGAAGACCUCUUUGCGCUUGUGCUCUCGUUCUCUGCGGCAUUGCAGAAAGCCGCAUUAGAGGUGCACGAUGCGGAUGUUAAGGCUGGUGUGAAGAACCCCGCGCCGCCUGUGAUCGUCGAAGAAGAGGCGCCUGUUUCCAGGCAUGCGAGGGAUGCGACUGUACGCGCAGAAGGCGAAGGCACAGUGAAAAGCGCAACUGGAAGGGACGAGGGUCCAGGUGGAGGACUCAUGCUACCACCGAUGCCACCGAUACCGCCCACGCCUGACAGCAUCGGGCGACGCUCGGUCGGAAGGGGACAGCUGGAUCAAACAAUCCGGAGCAUGCGUGAUGGGAGGAGGCGCGCGAGGCCGGAUAGGGAAGGGAGGAGACCGCUCAGCAAGAUGUUCUUCGACGGCGCGCCUGCUGGUGGCAAUAGGGCUAGUAGGGCUUUUGAUACUUGA